UCGGGAAUUUCAAUUGAAUUUCAUCCAUUAAAGAGAAUCCUAAUUCAUCAUCUUCUAAUAAUCAAUCAUGUUUAAAAAGAUUUUUGGUAAACCUAAACAUGAUGUCAAUACUAUAAAGACUUUAGAAAAAUUAAAUGAGACACUUGCCACGCUAGAGAAAAAGGAGCAAGUGUUUCUUAAAAAGGCUGCGGCAGAAGUUGAAAAGGCCAGAAAUUUCACAAGGGCUCAGAAUAGAAGGGCUGCAAUACAAUGUUUGAAGAGGAAGAGGCUAUAUGAACAGCAAGUAGAACAGCUUGGAAACCAACAGUUGCGUAUUCAUGACCAGAUGAUAAUGUUGGAAGGUGCCAAGGCAACCACAGAAACAGUAGAAGCAUUGAGAUUUGGGGCAUCUACAAUGAAGGCUAUGCAAAAAGCAACGAACAUUAAUGAUGUUGACAAGACCAUGGAUGAGAUCAAUGAACAAACUGAGAACAUGAAACAGAUUCAGGAAGCAUUGUCAACUCCAUUUGGUGCAGCUGAUUUUGACGAGGAUGAAUUGGAGGCAGAACUUGAAGAGCUUGAGGGUGCUGAGUUGGAAGAAGAGCUUCUUCAGCCUGUAACUACAGCUCCAGCAGCCUCGGUGCAUGUUCCAUCUGGGAGGCAACCUACUCGUCCAGUGCCUGCGAAAUCCACUCCUGAAGAAGAUGAAUUGGCAGCUUUGCAAGCUGAGAUGGCACUUUGAGCAGGCAUUGAUGAUGGGUUAUAACUCAUAACCAGUGGCAUGGGGAGAAUUCUGCUUCCUCUCACCGUUGCUUAUCUUUGUGAAAAUUAUUGAACAGAGGAUGUACAUAGAGUUUAUAAAAAGUGAAAAUUUCUUUUGCUUUU